AUGAAUGGAAAUGGGGAAAAUGGUGGAAAAUCCGAAGAGAAGCAGAAAUUGCUCGUCGUCACUGACGAGGUUGUCGAGAUGAAUCGCGUUUCAUCGGCCAGAUUUCAGGUCAGUAAAACCAAUGACGAGGAGAAUGGCGAGGAGAUGGUGCGUAAGCUGAAAAGUGGCAGCGAGCCGCCACCGCCCGUGGCUCAGGAGCACGUCACGAUGGUGACAAGGAAAAUGAGUGCGACAGGAAGAUUUAUGGUAAGGAAAAUGACAAAAAUAAACAAUUCGAGUCUUAAUAUUAGCAAAAUCGAUAUUUUCAGCCUAAAAUUACCCAAAAAAGUAACAUCAGACACAAAUCCGGGUCAACUCGUCGCCGAAAUCGCCAACGAACUUGACGUCAUCACUCCGCUGGAAGCUCCAGAACGUUCUCCGGCGUCCCGCGCCAAGGGUGUUCAUUUCUCAGUGGGAGAUAAGGAUUCCGGGAGUAUUUCCGAUGAAACAGAGGACCGGAAAAAGGAAAAAGACCAUAGUCACGAGAAUCAGACGACGUUUAAUAUGAAGAGUUGGAGGAAUAUGCGAACCAUCGAACAUCCGCCGAUUAUCGAUUUCUAUCGGAAUUCAAUCGAUACCGAUGCGGUCUUUAAUAGGCCAUCGAUGGCUCAGUUGAUUCAUGGAAAACAGCAUAAUGAGGAGGAUUUGGGGUUCGAGGAGCUGAAUGUGAGGGUUUGGGAGCGGAGCUUAACUGAAAAAAAAUUGAGAAAAAUCGAUUUUUUAAAAACUCGCUCCACUGAGAAAUUGCGCGAAAAAGUUCAUUUUUCAACAUUUUUCAAAUUUUCAAAAUGCAAGUUUGCUCUACUGAACAAUCAUGCCCAGAAGGCGCAGCCACACAGAGUGACCUGCGUCCUGUUAAUGGGCAUCGUUUUCAUCGGAUCGGAAUUCGAGUCGAAAAUGCAGCUGGGUCUUCUGGUUAUCCUUCUCGGAUCGAUCGCCAACUAUAUUUUCGGAUCGUUUUUCACGCCCAGCGAGCUGGCCAUCAAUCGAGGAGCGACUGGAUACAGUUUUGAUACGCUACAGUCCAACUUCCUGCCCCAUUUCACCGACAACAACACAUUCUUCUCCGUAUUCUCCGUCUAUUUCCCAGCCGCUACUGGAAUUAUGGCCGGCGCCAACAUUAGCGGAGAUUUGGCGAACCCACAGAGAUCCAUUCCAUUGGGAACACUUUUAGCCAUACUUGUUACCACAAUUGUGUACCUGGCUACGGUUUGGAUGACCGGUAGUACGGUAGUCGCGUUUUCGAAUGGAACCGAGCCAGCUUUGUUCAAUAAUUCAGUGUUUAUACCGCCCGAUUGUGCUCCAGACUGCCCAUUUGGCUUGGUUUCGUAUUAUCAGGUAGGCUCCGCCCCCUUUUUUGUGGGAAAAUUGAAGUUUUUUAAAAAGAAAUUGUACCACUGUACCAUUGUCACCAUAUACCAUUUUUUUCAGGUAGUCGAAAUGUCAUCAUUCUGGGGACCACUAAUCACUGCUGGAAUCUUCGCGGCGACCCUCUCAUCGGCUCUAGCGAGUCUCGUUAGUGCUCCAAAAGUGUUUCAAGCGGUUUGCAAGGAUCGUCUCUUCCCGAGAAUCGACUAUUUCGCGAAGACGUACGGAAAAAAUGAGGAACCCAAAAGAGCCUAUGUCCUUGGAUUUUUCUUGGCGCUGGGAAUUGUGGCGAUUGGAGACCUCAACGUCAUCGCCCCGAUCAUCUCAAACUUCUUCCUCGGCUCGUAUGCCUUGAUAAACUACGCGUGUUUCGACCAGUCGUUCGCCGAUUCGCCAGGUUUCCGCCCCGGUUUCACCUACUACAAUAUGUGGAUUUCGCUGAUCGGCGCGAUUCUCUGCGUCUUCGUGAUGUUCAUUAUCGAUUGGUUCUCGGCACUGGUCACUUUCUUCUGUUUCGGAGCCAUUUUCAUGUAUCUCCUUCAUCGGAAGCCGGAUGUCAAUUGGGGAUCAUCGACACAGGCGCACAGUUAUAAGAAUGCGCUUUCGGCGAUGAUUAAGCUUUCCACCACUGAGGAGCACGUCAAGAAUUACCGACCCCAAGUCCUUGUGCUAUCCGGAAAUCCAGCGUCCCGAUCGUGUUUAGUGGAUUUUGCCAAUAAUAUCACGAAAGGAAGCUCGCUGCUCGUUUGUGGACAAGUUGUGCCGUACGACCCAUCGGACCGUGUGCAUACCGUAAUCCGAAAACUGGACGACGUCGUGAGCAUCUGGAUGCGUAAACGUCAUCUGAAGGCGUUCUAUCGUGCCGUCGCCAACUCGUCGUUCCGAAAAGGCGCUCAAUCGUUGAUUCAACUGACUGGAAUCGCUAAAAUGAAGCCGAAUAUCGUUUUGGUUGGAUUCAAGUCGAAUUGGUAUAUGGGUGGACCCACGGAACAGAAUUUGAACGAAAUGAACGAGUAUUUUGGAACGAUUCAAGACGUUUUCGACUGGAACAUGGCCGUCUGUGUGCUCCGUAACGGUGGCGUCGGACUCGACUUCUCCGAAGCGAUGCGAAAUUUGAAUCUUGUGGAAUCGUCGUCGAAAAUCAACGUACCAAAUAUAGAAAACCAAGAAAAAGUGGAAAAAUCGACCAAUGGAAAUUUAUCCCCAGAAACGGUCCAUUUGAUCGAAAAGGACGAGACGGCACGGACCGAAAAAUCAGCGGAUGAUGCGUCUUCUCGACUAUCAUAUCGUGGCAGUUUCCGAAGUAUGGAGAUGUUUCAGCGGAUUAAUGCCUUUUAUAUUAAUGCAUCUAUCUCUAUCAAUGAAACUUAUGGAUCCGAAGAGAAUCCAGAUGACGAUGAUCACGAUCACGACGACGACGACGAUGACGUCGGGGAUUCUGGAGCCGACGACGACGAUGAGAGGCCGAAUAAGGAUGAUGACGUGGAGCUGGGUGUGAUGGAUCAUCAGGACACCGAGAAACGACAUUUUUCGUUGAGACGGAGAGGAUCCCGUCGUCACACCGUCGAACAGAAGGCGUUGCUGUCGUCGAUUCAACGUUUCCAGCGAAAAAUCAAGAAGGGUGUCAUCGACGUGUGGUGGCUGUACGAUGACGGAGGCCUGACACUCCUCAUCCCCCACCUCCUCUCCAUCCCAAAAUCCUACCUCGAAGGCGCACGUCUUCGCAUCUUCACAAUUUCCACGUCAUCUCGUACGAUGGAGCAGGAGCAACGUGGCAUGGCGGCGUUGUUGUCGAAAUUCCGAAUCGACUAUUCUGAUGUGUACGUCAUCGCCGACAUUGGCAAGAAGCCACGUCAGGAGACGAUGGCCACGUGGCAAAGUGUGAUCGAUCCGUUUACGGCGCCCGAUGGAAGCUGUCCGAUGGGAAUGACGACGAAAUCGGAGCUCAGUGCUCAAAGAGACAAGACUUAUCGACAGUUGAGAGCUGGAGAGCUGCUCCAGGAGCACUCGAUAAAGGCAGAUUUGAUUGUAAUGACCCUUCCCGUGCCACGAAAAGGAAUGGUCUCCUCAUCGCUCUACCUGUCUUGGCUGGAAGUGAUGACUCGAAAUCUGCCGCCAAUCCUGCUCGUUCGCGGAAAUCAACAAUCCGUGCUGACUUUUUAUUCUUAA